AUGGGCUCGCAACCACAGGUGCUGCACGAUCCUGGACCCGACGGGUCGCGACUCCGGGUGUCGAUGGACGAGAUUAACAGCAGCAUGGACUUCCACCCGGCGACGGCGAUCAGCAUGUCAUGCGGCACAGUCACGAUAGACCUGGCGCGGGGUAAGGUCCUGGUCAUCUGGAACAGCCGGCUCAAGAUUUGGCAGCUGCCCAAGGGCCGGCGUAACAUCUCCGAGAGCAUGCUGGAGGCGGCAUUGCGCGAGACGUACGAAGAGACGGGCUACCGUGCGACGCCGCUGACGCUGAAGAUCCCCACGCGCGCAUCGGCACCCACUCCGGCCGGCGUUAAGAAGCUGGCCAAAGACCCCGACAUCACCGAGGGUUAUCCCAGCACCGAGUUCAUCGGCGCCUGCAUCUACCCGGACCCGCAGUCUCGUACGCCGUCGCUCAAGAUGGUCUACUGGUACGUCGCCACUGCCGACAGCACCACCACGCCGGACGCCGACACCCAGGAGUUCUGGGAGAAGCUGUCGGCGAAAUGGAUCCCCCUGGCCGAUGCCCCAUCCACCCUGCGCUUCCGCGCCGAGGCAGAGGCCGUCGCCCAGGCCGUCGAGAUCGUUAAGCGCUCAGGACAUACCAUUGGCCAUGAGUGA